UGCAGCCAUGUUCACGGAGGUGCCUCAUGAUAUGAUGGCUCAGAGCGGUCAGGACGUGGAGAUGGCCUGCUCCUUCAGAGGGGCCGGGACCCCCUCCUACUCUCUGGAGAUCCAGUGGUGGUACAUCAGGAACCAUGCGGACUGGACGGACAGACAGCCCUGGACAACCAAUGAGGUGGCUCCUGAUGAGGAGACGCCAAAGGAUGCUACAAAAAUAAGUGUUGUUAAGGUUGUAGGAAGCAACAUCUCCCAUAAACUGCGGCUAUCCCGGGUCAAGACGUCGGAUGAGGGCACCUACGAGUGCCGCGUCAUCGACUUCAGUGACGACGUGGGCUCGCGCCACCACCGCGUCAGAGCCCGUCUGCAGGUGGUGCCGGAGAGCGCCGUCAGAGAGGGAACCAACAGCGACAACUUCGAAGCCCUGGACGACACCAAGGGAGGGGCCGCAUUCGAGGACGAGUCCCACGGCGGCGCCAAAGAGCAUGUCCAUCACCAGAGCCAUGGGAACCACCAGGAGCACGGCAGGCGGCCAUCGGCGGCGGCGGCCCCCCCCCACGGCCACAGCCACAGCGGCAGCAGCCAGCAGCACAAGGCGGGCAGGGAGCUGAGGAAGAGGGACGUGGACAGGAACCACAAUGACUGCUCCAACGAGCCAAGCUGCAAGCUGUAGACAUUAUUACACCUGAGUGAUAGAUUACACAAGGAUUGCAUUACAUGAUGUGUGUCACCGCAUAAAAAGCUAUUCUUCCCACACAGUGCGAGCAUGUGCACAAAUCCAGAAUGCCUAGAAAGGGCUUAUUCAGAGCACGGUGCUGUAAACUGUGCUGGGGAACGUAGCUUUUUCUUGCUGUGCAUGGACUGUCUGCUUCAUGACGUUCAGCAAAGAGGGGCUGAUGGGUAGAUCUAAGCAGCUCCAUUGUUUCUGGCCUCAGCACUUAUUAAAAAAAAAAAGACUUACUAUAACUCAUGCUUUGUUCGACUCUUAAGAUACUGUAAAUGACACAACCCUGCUUUCAGGCUCAUUCUUCUUCCACUGCCUUACUCUUUCGUUUAAUACACCCUCAGAAAAAAAGGAUUUAAACUUUUUGCAACUGGGUCUAUGCCCAGUAAAAUAACAAUGUUCCUUUUCUUCUGAGAGUGCACUGCAUGAAGCUAAAGCGCCAGUAAUUCUUCCCUGGAAAUCUUUUUCCGAGUCUGAUUCCUUAGCGUUUUUACAUUCAUCUGCAUCUUUUUUAUGUUUUAAACAACGAUCACGAAUCUGUAUGCAGCUGAUUCUUCAGCAAUGUAUUCUGUGUUUACUCGCAGGGGAAAGAAACAUGCUUUCUUCAGCAGAAACUCAUCAAGGUCCCAGAGCUGCAGUGCUCAUCAAGGACAGAUACAGCCUCAAUUCAUUUGCCUUGGAGUGGCGGUGUGGAAAGUGUGGGGUUUCUAACAAAGCACAUCACAGGCUGUAUUGUUCUUUUGAGAUCAUGAAUCUGCAGCCCAACAGAAAAUGGGAUUUUUGUUCACCGCCUCCGCAGGUUAAAUCCAUUCAUGGCCGUUCAGGCUGAGAGAAAUCAAUCAUAGGGAAGAUGAACAGUUUGGAAAGCCACAAAAAGAUCAAAAUCCGUGUUACUAAAUUAAAAAAUCUGACUUGGUGUGCCUCUGAAUAUACUCCUUGUCUAGAAAUCAAUGAAAAAGUGUUAUUUUUUUGGGAAGAGUGUUGCUAUAUUCCUAUCCAAGCUUAGUUCCCUUAUUUAAAAUGCUCAUCAAUCAUUUAAAACGCCUCAAUCCUCUCCACUACAAGCCUCUAAUCCACUCUGUAUAUAUGACUGUAUAAUAUGAAAUAAAGUGAGUGCAUGUUCA